AUGGCUGCCUUCCCCGCAAGUCUGCCUCCGCCGUCCCCUAGUGAGGAGAACGCGGCUACCCAGCAGCACAGGCCCUCGGUCACAUGGAACUUAACCUCGCCCAUGAGUAAAACGGCCACCGCCAGGUCGAGCACCAGUACCGCCAUUUAUCCGGCCUCAAUCGUUCUCCGGCGCCAUAGGCUCGGCAGCAGCCCCGAAAUCAACUUAGGGACCCAGCCGCAGAUCUGCUUCCUGCAGCCGCGGACCUCGCAGCCGCUAGUGCUCUUCAGCUUAAUGAAUUCCAGUGAAGCAGCCGUGACAAAAUUUUUACCCAAGAGCCAGUUAUCUCGGGUGAUUAUUCGUGACAACCUCAGUGCACAACGAAUCUAUGAGAUGGAGACGAAAACUUCAGAAAAGACCAAGAAAAAGAUGGGCCACUUGUAUGACCACCUGAAAAAAAAGUUCAUGAUGGACCAGCUCAGAAAGCUGGGGCGCUGGAGACAGGAAUCCACGAACUUCCGGCAGUACCUGAGCAGCAUCCGGGCCUUCCAUUCUAAGAAGAAAUCCAGACCACCCUAG